AGGAGAAGUGAGUCACGAGGUAAAGGUGAAACACGUUAUAUCCAAACACGGACUCGGAAAGUUUGUCAUAUACGCGAUUCAGUGGGAAACGUUAAGGAAAACGAGACUACGCGGCAAGCCCUUUUGAGAUACGCUACAUGCAUAAAUCUCUCCAGGACAGAAAUAAGCACGAAAGCUGGAGAACCAAUCCACGGAAACAAGCCGAGGAUAGGCAAUUAAACAUCAGAUCAAUCAUGCCGGAUUCCUGCGGAUUACAAUCGGCGCCGGAAACUACCAAGGAAGCCAAUAUUCUCCUCGGCAAAUAUCAACUCGUCCGCCUCCUCGGCUACGGAUCCUCCGCCAAAGUCCAUCUCGCCCAAAACCUCUUCACUGGACAGAACGUGGCCAUCAAAUCCUUCACCAAACACCGCAUCGUCAAAGCCGAUCUUAUUAACUCCGUCAAACGAGAAGCCGCCAUUCUCCGCCGCCUCCGCCACCCUCACAUUGUCCGCCUCCACGAAGUCCUCGCCUCCCGCACCAAAAUCCACUUCGUUCUCGAACUCGCCAAGGGCGGCGAUCUCUUCUCCCGCAUCGCCACAUUCGGCCGCUUACCCGAACACCUCUCUCGCCGCUAUUUUCGCCAGCUCAUCUCCGCUGUCGCUUACGGCCACUCCCACGGCGUCUUCCACCGGGAUCUCAAGCUUGAGAACCUACUCCUUGAUGAUCGGGGUGACCUAAAGCUCUCCGACUUCGGCCUCUCAGCCGCCCCUGAUCAGAUGCCCGCCGACGGGCUCUUCCACACGCUUUGCGGCACUCCAGCCUACGUCGCACCGGAGAUACUCGCGAAGAAAGGGUACCGCGCAGCGGUUGCCGAUAUAUGGUCCUGCGGCGUCGUUCUAUUUACCCUUAAUGCCGGCUAUCUCCCUUUCAAUGACACCAAUCUCAUCGCAAUCUACCUCAAAAUCUACCGCGGAGAUUACCAAUGCCCUAAAUGGACCUCGCCGGAUCUAAAACGGCUCAUCGGUCGCCUUCUCGAUAAGAAUCCUGAUACUCGGAUCACGAUCGAUGAGAUUUUACGUGAUCCUUGGGUUGCAAGGGGGAUCGACGAGAAAGAAUGGACGGCAAUAGGUAUGUUCCAGGAGGAAGGAAAGGUUUCGUCUAAGGCAGAGGAGGUGGAGGCCGAAGACCGGGCUCUGAAUGCUUUCGACAUCAUCGGAUUCUCCAGCGGGUUGGAUCUUUCCGGGCUAAUUGGUGUGAUGGCAGAGAGGGAGCGGUUUGUUGUCGAUGAGACGCCGGAGGCGGUGCUCCGGCGGGUGGAGGAGAUUGGGAGAGGGGAAGGCUUGUUGGUGAAUAGAAAAGGGAAAAAGGGUAACGCAGGGGCGGCGGUGCGGGAACAUAAUGGGAAUUUGGUGGUUGGCGUUGAUGUUUACCAGCUGAACGGAGGAUUAACAGUGGUUGAGGUGGACAGGGCCAGGGGCGGGGAUGCGAAGGGGAGGAAAAUUUGGACCGGUGAGUUUUGGCGUAGAAAAGUACUGCCGACUGGAGAUAGCCGGUUGAUAGACUGUUCUUCGUUAUAAUUUGAUAAGCUCGGCAGCAGCUUAUGCAUAAUCCAGCUCGUGUAAAAAUUAUUGAUAAUGGGAGUAAAUUAGUAAAUAAUUUA